AUGCCACUCAGCCCCGAUACAAAUGGCGAUAAUAAACUUAUGGAGAAAGAAGAACCGGCGGAGAGUAACAAUAAACCUCGUGUCCCUAUGUCCCAACUCAAGUUGAAUUUAUUGUUCAUUGGGCUUUUAUUCGGAGUAUUUUUAUCGGCGUUGAACCUGACGAUUGUCUCGACUGCCUUACAAGCCAUUGCCAGUGAUCUUUCGGCCUUUGAUAAAGUUUUAUGGGUUGCAAUUGCCGACUUGCUCACUGCCACAGCUUUUCAACCAGUGUACGGAAAGCUUUCAGACAUCUUUGGUAGAAAGAUCACGAUAUUAACGGCGAUAUUUAUCUUUGAACUGGGAUCUCUAUUCUGUGGUCUGGCAGAUAACAUUACGAAGUUGGUCUUAUGGAGAGCGGUCUCCGGUAUCGGGGCUGGUGGUUUUAUCGGGUUAACAAGCAUAAUAAUCGCGGAUAUCAUAAGUCUUAAGGAUCGUGGCAAAUAUGUGGGGAUAGUUGGUAGCGUAUACUCAAUCGGCUCGAUCAUAGGGCCACUUUUAGGUGGUGCAUUUACAGAUCAUGUCUCUUGGAGAUGGGUGUUUUAUAUCAAUUUGCCGUUUGGAGUCAUACCAAUUGCGUUUAUAGUGUUUCUACUGAACGUUCCCACUCCCCCAGGAACCUUGAAAGAGAAACUUACGCGUAUAGAUUGGUUGGGAAUGUUUGUGAUAACAAGUUCCACUCUUGCGACCCUAUUGGCAUUGCAAUGGGGUGGAAGUGACUACGCCUGGAAUUCAGCGCUUGUCAUAAUUCUAUUUGUUUUAGGUGGACUUGGAUUUAUAUUGUUUGCAUAUAUUGAAGGAUUCAUUGCUGUGGAGCCAAUUAUCCCUGUAAGGUUAUUUAGGGAUCGUACGGUUGUUUCGUGUUCCAUCCAGAAUUUCUUCUACAGCAUAGGCCUAUACGAAUGUAUCUUUUUCGUCCCUUUAUUUUUCCAAGCCAUCUAUCAAGAUUCUGCCUUGGCAUCUGGAAUUAAGCUAUUGUCAUAUAUUGUCGGAGUAGUAAUCUCGGCACUGAUAAGCGGUCAGGUUGUAUCACGUGCACCUGGAUAUUCAUAUAAAUUAGUAUGUUUAUUUGGUGGGGCGAUGGUAGCAAUUGGUAGUGGGCUGAUUUAUACGCUUGAUCAAAACUCGACAGUCGGUCAGCAAGUUGGAUAUCUCUUGAUCACUGGUUUUGGUGCAGGAUCGAUAUUUCAAAUCAGUUUGUUGACAGGACAGGCGGUAGUAGAUGAUGAUGAUAUCGCUAUUGUGACUUCUCUUAUAACAUUCUUUAGAUCCUUUGGGUCUGUGAUUGGAAUGUCUAUAUUUUCGGCAAUCGUAAACAACGAACUUAUCAAGAAGGUAGUAGAUACGUUUAAAAAUCAAUACGGAUUCGAAAUAUCGUUCAACACGGUCCAUGGAAAUCUAUCCUCGGUGUUCUCUUUCGGAGAACCUCUCAGGAGUCAAUUGCUGGGUACAAUUAUCGACUCCCUACAUAAGAUAUUCUUGGCUGGAUUGAUUUCUGGCGUGCUAUUGUUCAUUAGUGCUUUGUUUAUGAGAAAUUAUAUUGAAACUGAAGAGAGGGAAAAUGAAGAGAACGAAGUGAGAGAUGAUUAA